GAAGCACAUCAGCACACCCUUUAAAGCGGGGAGGCCGGCCGGCUUGGCUGACAGAGCCGGUGAGCAGCGAGGAGGCAAAAGUACAGCAAGGAGCACAGUGAGGAGGCACAAGUAGAGUGAGGAGGCAGAGGAGGUGGGGGUAUGCUGGAGCCCUGGAAGUGAGCAUCCAGACCUGCAGGUCACACACGUGGUCCCACAUGAGCCUGGCACAGUUCUCCUGAGUGCUGAGAGCUUUCACCGCUUUCAAGUCACUCAGAGCUUUGGGCGAUUUACUUUUUCCUUCUUAAUAUUUUUCAGUUCUCGUGGAAUGAUCUUCAAAUGCUAGAAAACUGAACUUCGGGGUGGCUACACUGAAUUUUUGGUGGAGACUCGGCUCUCUGCAAAUUGGAAUUUCAAAGGAUUAAAAAGAGAACCCAGGAUCCAAAGAGCACAGAACCUGAGAGCCCUAAACCCGGGCAGGACUGGUACUGACGCGGAUCAGCUAGCGGGUCUUUCUCCGCAUUAACAGUGUAAGCGUCGCCAUGGAUGCAGGCACUGUGGCUGCCCACGUGGAGGUCCCGGCCGAGGGGGAGACAGUGUGCGCGGCCCUGGCUCGCUGUGAAGCCACGCUGCGGGACGCCGUGCGGGAGCUCCACAUGGACAUCAGUGUCUUUAAGCUGGGAGUGGAGCGCCGCCUGGAGGAGGCCGGCCGGCUGGUGGGGCCCCUGGGGCCCCUGGGCUCCACUGUGGCCCAGCUGCAACAGGAGAACCGGCAGCUCCGGGCUCAGCUGGAAGCCCUGACGCGGCAGGUGGAGGUCCUGACAGGGUUGCCGUGCAACAGGGAGACCCUCCCCUCUGAGCCCAGGCAGCCGGUUGCCCAGAACCCACAGAGCCCAGGGACCCCGUCCGGGACCGACCCGGCAUCCUCGAGUCCGACAGCGGCCCGCUUCUCCAGCCAUGCCUGCUUUGCAGUGUCCGGCAGGACCAGUAAUCCUGUGGAGGAGGAGGAGCCUAUCGAGAUGGACUCCGCCCCAGCUCCCUCAGUGCUGGAAAAUGGGCACAGCUCUGCUCCAGAGAGCUUGGUGAUAACACAGGAAGUAAAGUCAGAUCUGAGUGACCAACCUCAGGAAAAAGUAGCUCCUGUUGCCAUGGUAAUGCCACAUUUGCCCAUCACUGCAACAACCAAAAUUGCAGAAUCCUCCAUCGCCAUAGUUGCCAAAGCACUCAAUCCACCGAGCAGUCCCAUCCAAGCCCCGCCCCCUGUGGUAACUGGCAGUCCUCCUGGCCAGUCAACUGCAAGUGGCACUCAGGUGCAGCCAAUCCCAGAGUUUCCUCAUCAGUCAGCUUCUGCUGUGAAGACAUGGACCCCAAGUCCAGUGAGAACUAUGGGUUCUGCUCGAGUGACAGAGAAACACGCUUCUGUGACGGCGGUGGCUUACCCAGGCAUCUCCCCCAUUACCAGCAACAGAUUAGCCAACAGGCGCCUAGAUGUGGGAGGGGAGAGAAGAAGGGAUCUGCUGAGGUCCCAAACUUUGCCCCGAAAUAUUGGUGCCCAAGUCCAGCACUCUCCCCUGGGGAAGCUGGACUCGGAGCUGGGCAGGCCAAAGCUGAAACGCUCCCAGAGCUUUGGUGUGUCCAGCGCCAGCAGCAUCAAGCAGGUCCUCCUGGAAUGGUGCCACUCCAAAACCAUCGGCUACCAGAACAUCGACAUCCAGAACUUCUCAUCCAGCUGGAGCGAUGGCCUUGCAUUCUGCGCCUUGGUCCACUCUUUCUUCCCCACUGAAUUUGACUACAACCUUCUCAGCGCCACUGAGCCCAGACACAACUUCGAGCUUGCAUUCGGCUUAGCAGAAGAGAAGGCUGGAUGCGACCGCCUCAUUGAGGUGGAGGACAUGCUGGUGAUGGGUCACAAACCUGACCCCAUGUGCAUCUUCACCUACGUCCAGUCCCUCUACAACCACCUGCGUAAGUUUGAGUGAGACGUCGGCGUCGUGCGGCCUGACAGACAGCCUCCUCCGGAGCUUUGGUUUGUCUUCCACGACAGACAUCGCCCCGGUCUGCAGGUCAGCAGCUGCUGGGACUGAUGGACUCGAAGCAGACGGAAACAGGGCUGGCAGCUUUUCAUUUUUAUCUCUAUGAAACGAUGGUCCUGAUACUGUUUCUUGUAUAAAUAGAUUUACAUAUAUUUGCAUAACGGGCUGCCGGCAUUGUGGGAUUUUUUUAUGGACUGCGUGGAAACCAACGCCCUCCUGGUAAACCCAUCUCACAGAAUGUGAUACAAUGUGAAAGCUGCUGUUUGAGGAAUGUGGGUUUUGUCCCCUCUCCCCCCCGUUUUAAUCUGGUUUCAAUUUGUUCCCUUAAGUUUAGCCGUGUUUUCAGAAAUGUGCUGUUUGUUGGGUUUUUACUCAGCGGCCCCAGGGGGUUCCUGCCAGCCCAUGUUUGAAACGGCACAGAGACUCUGACUGGCCACAUGCCCAGUGUGUUGCUGACUAUCUGGCUUUGCAACAUGAGCACCUGCGCCUAGUGGCACUGCCGGAUCAGAGGGGAAUGGGAACUACAGUCAGGGGGCACGAGGUACCCAGGGGGACGAGAAAACGCGUGACACCACUGAGGUUUUUUGUUCUUCCAAUAGUUCUCUCACUUUUCAUGGGGAGUGAGUGCUUUAAAGGUCCUAAAACAAUAUCGUGUAUUGAAUACUAUUUUUUCUAAAUGUUGUACUUUAUGGGUGGAACUAAAAACUUUAAGUGGUAGCAGUGCGUUGUAGAAUUUGCAGUUUAUUAGUCAUUUCCUGGAAUUCUUCUUGUGCCAACACUUUUUCCAUAAUGUCGCUAAAGCUCCUGCAAUGUGACUCUAAGCGUUACCGCGUUUAUACCGGGUUUUCCCUGUAAAUCGAAGAAUUUGACAAGCUUUUUAUCUGAUUAAAUUUAUUUUCCAAGUCAAAA